AUUUUCUAUAAUUUCUCUAAAUUUUUCGAUAUAAAUUAGUAAAAUUUUAAUUCUAUGAAAAAUUCCCUUUUGUAAAUAAGAUAAAAAAGUUUGCUAGAUGUAAAUUCUCCGUUGCAAAAACCCAGGAAGAGGCCCUAAACCCUAGCACCUGUUCAGAACUCAUGAUCUGUCACUGAAAAUUCUCAAGCAUUUUCUUCUUCGCGUUCGUCUUCCUCUUUCUCUGUGUGCAAAUGAAUGAGCAAUAGCAGCUACAACAAUGAAUAAAGCACAACCAUGUUCGUGGGCUCGUCUCCUCCUCAACCAAUCCUUUAAGAAACCACCAAAGCCGACUUUCCCAUUUUCCCGAGAAUCCUCCACUUUCCGACGUUUUCCUCCCUCCCAGACGCCCAAAUUUUCGUUUCCUGGGAAGGCCCAUUACCCCACCGUAUCGACCAGGGCUGCCGAGGACCUUUUGGCUGAGGUUGAAAAGGAAAGUCAGAGAGAAAGGGAGCAGAGGAAGAGUGCUGGUCUUGACACUAAAGGCAUUGACGAAGAAGAUAGUGAAGAUUACAUGGGUGUGAUGCCUUCGAUAGUAAAGCUCAAGAACGAUGGAGACUUGAGCAGGUACGAAGAGGACGCUGAUUCCGAUAGUGACGAAGACGAUGAAAGGUUCAGUAUUCUCCGGAAAACUUCCAAAAACCACAUCAAUUCAUUUCGACAUUACUAUUGCACUUCAACACCAAACCCUUUAUCUCGACAAAUUCUCAUUCUUAAUUCAACAACCGAGAGGGAAGACUAUCUUCUAUCUGGCUUUAUUUGCAAUCGCUUUGUUUCCUACAGACCAAACGUUAGUGGUUUGGAUCAAACCCAAGUUUCUGUUGAGGAUAUUUCGAAUAACCCAGGUGCCAAAAUCGACAACGUAGCUGAAGACGCAGAGAAAAUCUGUAAAAUAUUAUCAAACAACUCCGCCAACCCUCGGGUUGAGAGCUUCCUUAAUGAUAAUGUUCCUGGUAUUGAGAUGUCAAAGGAGCUUGUUUUGGGGGCUUUGAAGAAGCUAAGCAAUUCGGGUGUUCUUGCCCUUUUGUUCUUCAGAUGGGCUGAGAAGCGAAAUGGGUUUCAAUAUACGACUGAGAGUUAUAAUUCUCUGAUCGAAGCUUUGGGUAAGAUCAAACAGUUUAAGAAGGUAUGGGAAUUGGUGAACGAUAUGAAGCUUAAAGGUUUGUUGAGCAAAGAUACUUUUGCUUUGAUUUCGAGAAGAUAUGCGAGAGCCAGGAAGGUGAAAGAGGCGGUAGAAACGUUUGAGAAGAUGGAGAAGUUUGGAUUGAAGCCCGAGUUAUCGGAUUUCAAUAGGUUGAUUGAUACAAUAAGCAAGUCGAGAAAUGUCGAGCGAGCACAGCAUGUGUUCGAUCAAAUGACUGAGAAAAGGUUCAAACCAGAUAUUAAGUCGUAUACGAUUUUGUUGGAGGGAUGGGGUCAGGAACAGAAUUUGCUGAGAUUGAAUGAGGUUUAUAGAGAGAUGAGGGACGAGGGGUUUGAGCCUGAUGUUGUUACUUAUGGCAUUAUGAUCAAUGCAUAUUGUAAAGCUAGGAAAUAUGAUGAAGCUCUUGAGUUAUUUAAUCAAAUGGAAGCAAGUAAUAUCAAGCCUAACCCUCAUAUUUUCUGUACUUUGAUUAUUGGAUUGGGCUCUGCUAAGAGGUUGAAUGAAGCAUUAAACUUCUACAGACAAUCCAAGGCCAGUGGUUUUAGCCCUGAGAUACCAACCUACAAUGCCUUAGUUGGGGCUUAUUGCUGGUCAAUGCGGAUGGAUGAUGCAUAUAGGGUACUUGAUGAGAUGAGACAAAGUGGGGUUGGUCCCAAUUCAAGAACUUAUGACAUAAUCUUACACCAUUUGAUAAAGAGUAGAAAAACAAAAGAAGCUUUCUCUCUUUUCCAGAGAAUGAGUCAGGAUUCCAAUUGUGAGCCGACUGUGAGUACGUACGAGAUCAUAAUUAGGAUGUUCUGUAAUGAGGAUCGAGUGGAUAUGGCGGUUCGGGUUUGGAAUCAGAUGAAGGCCAAAGGAGUUCUUCCAGGAAUGCACAUGUUCUCUACAUUGAUUAGCAGUUUAUGCCUUGAAAAUAAGUUGGAUGAUGCUUGUAACUUCUUUCUAGAGAUGAUGGAUUUGGGGAUUCGACCUCCAGCUCAGUUGUUUAGCAAUCUUAAACAAGCUCUUCUUGAUGAAGGGAGGGAAGAUAAAAUUCAAACUUUGGUUGAGAAGAUUGAGAAUUUGAGGAAAAGUUCAUUAGGUGGUUGAUGCAUUUAAGGGAACCAAAGGGGUGUGAGAAUAGUAAAAUUUUCUAUAUCAAGAGUAGGUCUUUUUUUUCUUUCUGUUUUUUGUUUCAAAAUUAUACAGCAUUGAUGAAACUAAAUAGAAAAUCCAAUAAACUUUUACAAUCCCAAAUGCUUAA